UCUCACUCUCUUACACACACACACAGACACGCACUCCACGUUUAUAAAGUGUGUGUGGUAUGCUACUGGAGGAGACCACUGUUGUUGUCCAGCUUCAGCAUCAGGACCGGCAGCAUCCCCACAGAAACCAGUGACAUCAUCCGCACGAGCAUCAUCGCAUCGGAACCACUGAUUCGGGGAGAACCAGACCUAAGGGAUCAGUAGAACCAGCAUUCCCCAACGGAACCAGCAUUUCCCAACGGAACUAGCAUUCCCCCGGGCUGAGGAGCUCACAGGAAUAUAUUGAUUAGAGAUUGGUGAACAGCAGCACAGGCAUCCUGGGCUCCACGGAGCGCUCCGUAGUGGCGGAGGCCAUGCGGCUGGAGCAGGGCGCAGACAAACAGCUCUUCUCCUUCAAGAAGUGCUCAGCCUUCCAGUUCGUCAAGAGAAAGGUGCGGCGAUGGAUCCGGAACUCCAAGGUGACGGCGGAGAAGACGCCCACACUGGGCUUCCUGUACCCGUGCCCCAAGUGCCAGCUGGGCCAGGAGCUGUGGUACACACACUUCCCCUCGCCCUACGGCUGCUGCCACUACCCACCCGCCGGAUUCUACCUGCCCCACGACACCCCCUCGCCCCCCUGCCCCGAAAAGAGCAAGGGCUGCAAGGUGAGGAAGUGGAAGAUGCUAAGCCGUCACCAUGGCGAUGGGAAGCCAAAAUCAGCAGGGCAGUGCCGGGAGGCGGAGCUUGAGUGGCCCCUGCACUCGGCCAUGCUGCUGGGAAACCCCGUGCUUCAGGAGUGCUGCGUGUGCAGCGGGCCCUUUAUUACCUACGGCAACGAGGAGGCAUGGCAACCACGCCAACGCACACAGGCGAUGGACUUAUAUUACCAUGGCGACCCUGACCCAGAGACCUACUGCUGCCCCAGUGACACAACUUUUAUGAAACAGAGAAGAAUGGGGCUAAACGAUUUCAUUCAGAAGCUUGCCGCAAACUCCUAUGCAUGCAAGCACCCAGAGGUGCAGUCCAUGCUAAACCUGACCCCCCCCCAGGAUCCAGAACUCAUGAACAGCAACCCCUCCCCUCCACCCAGUCCCUCGCAGCAGAUUAACCUGGGCCCCUCGUCUAAUCCCACUGCCAAGCCCUCGGACUUCAACUUCCUCAAGGUCAUCGGCAAGGGCAGCUUCGGCAAGGUCCUGCUAGCGCGACACCGCAGCGAUGACAAGUUCUACGCUGUCAAAGUCCUGCAGAAGAAGGCCAUCCUGAAGAAGAAAGAGGAGAAGCACAUUAUGUCAGAACGGAAUGUCCUCCUGAAGAAUGUGAAGCACCCGUUCCUGGUGGGGCUCCACUACUCCUUCCAGACCACAGACAAACUGUACUUCGUCCUGGACUACAUCAACGGAGGAGAGCUGUUCUACCACCUGCAGAGGGAGCGGUGCUUCCUGGAGCCGCGCGCGCGGUUCUACGCGGCAGAGAUCGCCAGCGCGCUGGGCUACUUGCACUCGCUUAACAUCGUGUACCGCGACCUCAAGCCAGAGAACAUCCUGCUGGACUCGCAAGGCCACAUCAUUCUCACCGAUUUCGGCCUCUGCAAAGAGAACAUCGAGCCCAACGGAACCACGUCCACAUUCUGCGGCACGCCAGAGUAUCUGGCGCCGGAGGUGUUACACAAGCAGCCGUAUGACCGGACAGUGGACUGGUGGUGUCUCGGUGCUGUGCUCUACGAGAUGCUCUACGGCCUGCCGCCUUUCUACAGUCGCAACACGGCAGAGAUGUACGAUAACAUCCUGAACAAGCCCCUACAGCUAAAGCCUAACAUCUCCAACGCAGCGCGCCACCUACUGGAGGGACUUCUACAGAAGGACCGCACCAAGAGGAUCGGCUGCACAGACGACUUUACUGAAAUCAAGAACCACAUGUUUUUCUCCCCAAUCAACUGGGACGACCUGAACGGCAAGAAGAUCACCCCUCCCUUUAACCCUAACGUGACGGGCCCAAGUGACCUUCGGCACUUUGACCCUGAGUUCACCGACGAGCCCGUGUCCAGCUCCAUCGGCUGCUCGCCGGACAGCUCGCUGGUGACGGCCAGCAUCAAGGAGGCGGCUGAGGCCUUCCUGGGCUUCUCCUACGCGCCCGCCAUGGACUCCUACCUGUAGCACGUCAACUCUCUCUCUCUCAUACACACACACACACACACACACACACACAGGUGGACCUGUAUCCCCACACCACCAACGGACCCCCCCUUGCUUGUAGCACCUCCCUCUGCCAUUGGAACCGAUUGCAUCCCUGCAUUGAGAAAACGACCAUUCCUUUGGAUAAUGGACUACUAACUAAUGCCCAUCGGAACCCUUCUGAAUGCCCCCCCCCCCCCCCCGUCCUUGGAAUGAAGAUAUUUGCACAUGGCUUUAGGCAGCUCAGCAGGCUCUCUUGGCCAAUAAGGACCUUUAAACAGAACAACUGAGAGAACUCUCAUCAUCAUCAUCAUCAUUAUCAUCAUUUCCUGAUUGUCAAGAUUAUCAUCAUCACCAUGGUUACCCCUCUUCGUAGGAUCCUGUGAUGCCUCUGUAGAAUGUCACCAUAUCCAAUGGAGGGAGGAAUAGAAGGAUGAACAGAUGAAUAGAUGAUAGA